AUGAUAAAUGGUGUUUUAGUUUUUCGGACUAGCAGAAGGUACUUCUCUUCUCGAUGGUUCUACGCAAUUGAUAUUCCGAAGACCAAACCUUUCGAGCCGAGUUACGUUCCAGCAACGGCCCCUACGAAGUUCCAGCCAUUCUCCAAGGUGGAUUCGAAGCGAAUCGAGGAGAAUUAUGUAAGGGGUCGCUUAAGCAAAAGAGUUGAUGUCAAUGAAGACCAUUUGUUCGAGGUUAACUUGCAAGAUUUCUCAAUGAACCCGAUAUAUUGGGAAGGGCCAUCGUACGAGAUUCGCAGAGGUAUAUGGUUUGAUGACCAGAAUAACCCACUAACGCACGAGCUAACCAACUAUGUUGAAGAUUUAUACCGAAAAUGGCUGGCUCGCGGUGGGAGAGGAAGUCCUGGUGAUAUCGGGCCGGAAAAGAAGAAUGCAGACGACGAUGAUCAUGAACAGGAAGUGCUGGAUACUUUCCGGCUACCUAAGGGCUCACGCUGGAAGUACAUUAUGUUUACUGAGGAUAACAAGACUGCAUUUUUAUUGCCAGACGUGUAUGGUGGGAAUCUCCAUUUGAACCUCUUGCGGAGUUCUGUAGCGCAGCUUGUUCAGAUAGGCGCAUCCAAGAUCACCAGAGGAUACGAGCAAAAAAGUGUCUCGUUGAAGGGCAAGGCCAAGGAACUCGAAGGCCAGGUAUUGGACCAUGCGAUCGGGUUGAGCAAAAUAUCUGAUAUGAUAUCGUGGGAGUUUAAAGACCUGAUGAAUGCUUCAAACGCCCAAGGAGUUGUCAAUAGCAACGCAUCACAAAAUGCAAGCGGAAUGAUGAAGGAUGAAAUCUCCAAAGACUACCAGAACAAUGAUGGUGGUGAGAGGAGCCACUACAGACGCAUUAAACACCUUGUAUUCUGUGUACACGGGAUUGGCCAGACUUUAGGGAAAAAGUACGAGUACGUGAACUUUGCCCAUACGGUUAACCUAUUGCGGAAUAACAUCAAGUCACUAUACCAAUCAAACGGCCAAUUGCAAGAGCUGAACGCACUAAACGAAUUCCCAGACCCUAAGAAUAAUAGUGCCAUUCAAGUGCUCCCAAUCACUUGGAGACACGCCAUCGGAUUCAGCACGGACGACGCUAAUGUAAAUACGGAUAACGAGGACCUACCAACGCUAAAUGAUGUCACUGUAGAUGGAAUAAAGCCUCUGAGGAAGCUCUUGGCAGAUAUAGGAUUAGACAUCUUGCUUUACGGGGACAACUACUACGUAGACAAGAUUUUGAAGUACGUGUGUGCCGAGUUAAAUUCUGUGUACGAGAAAUACUGCGAUCACAACCCGGAGUUCGACGGCAAAGUAAGUUUGCUAGGCCACUCAUUAGGCUCACUGAUCCUUUUCGAUAUGCUCUCACAGCAAUCCAAAUACCGUCUAAACUUCGAAGUGGAGAACUUCUUUACCAUUGGGUCGCCAGUAGGAGUGUUCAAACUUAUCCAAAGGACCAAAAUCGGCGAGUCCGAUUCUUUACUGAAACAGCAAACCCCAGCUUGUAAAAAUUACUACAACCUAUACCAUCCAUGUGAUCCUGUCGCAUACAGAGUCGAACCACUAAUAGAGAAAUCCAUGGCAAAAUAUGAAGCCAAAUGGAUCUCCCAUGCCAAUGGGAGCGAUUUUAUAGCUGAUACUGUCAAAAAUCUAAUACUAGACAAGAAUUCGAAGAAAAAAGAGCAAAUGUCCUCGAGGGUGCUCAAGAGAAUGUUGCAGUUCAACGAUAACGGUCGUGUAGACUACUCAUUCCAACCCAACCUUCUCGAUGUAGACGUCUGGAGUGCCAUUAAAUCGCAUGUCAGCUAUUUCGAAGAAAUGGACACUGCUGGUUUUUUACUAAAAGAAUUAUUGAAGAAACACGUCAAGGCAAAAAGCUGCGAAGUUACAGUUUUAAAAUCAACAGAGACAACACAGGACACUGGAAAAUCAUAA